UUGACAGACAGACAGACUCCUGUCAAAAUGUCCAAAGGGGCUGUCGUUCUCUGGCUGGCAGUGGUGCUCGAGUGGCUUUGUCUAGCACCCACCAGGUCAGAGCUCACCCAGACGGCAUUUUUGGGUCAAUCAGUGACGUUGCCUUGUUUGUACUCAUCCUGGUCUCCAAGCAGCAACAGCAUGUGCUGGGGAAGAGGCGAGUGUCCCAAUUCCAAAUGCAACGAGGAGCUUAUCCACACAGAUGGAACUAAAGUGACCUCGCGGAUGUCAGGACGAUAUAGACUUUGGGGGAAUAUCCAGAGGGGCGAUGUCUCCUUGACCAUCUUAAACACCCAGGAAGGGGACAGCGGGGUGUACUGCUGCCGCAUAGAGGUGCCUGGCUGGUUCAAUGAUGUGAAGAGGAACAUUCAACUGGUGCUGAGGAGAGCCCCAACAACUACACGGCAAACAACAACCUCCCACCAAACUACCACCCCUGAUUUGCUGACAACCACAGCUGUGCUGCCAACAGCAGGCAUAACUACAGCAACCUCCAACCCAACCACCAGCCCUCACAUGGCUACAACCGCAGCUGUGCUGCCAACAACGCUUGAGACUACAACAACCUCCCACCCAACCACCACCCCUCACAUGGCUACAACCGCAGCUGUGCUGCCGUCGACCUUCGUGGCUGCACGGGAGCUCACAGCCAGAACCCCACUUCAGACAAAGGCCACCUCUGUCUUCACAACAACAGCAGCCAUGUGCCCCCAGACAAGGCCGAGCUCUGGGCCCGAGAUAGCACCGGAGCCUUCCAUGGAAGGGCCCAUCUCAGGGACAGAAUCAGGAACUUUUCUUCUCUCCAGUGACUCCCUGAGAAGCACCGAGGCGACUUCUGCAGACAGCAGCCUGCUCACUUCUGAAGGAUCCAAAGCCUGGGUUCGCUCAUCAGCACCCCACAUGACAAGGAAGGUGCGGAAAGCGGAGUCUUUGGAGAAAGAGACAGAGACAGAGGCAGUGACAGAGGAGACAGAGACACAGCAGAUCGACACCAACCUGCUGAUAAUCAUUGCUUCUGGCUUGGGACUUACACUCUUGGCAUUGCUCGGGGCGGUUCUCCUACAAGGAAAAGUCAUGAAAGCCAACUGUUUGAAGAAACACAAGAGGCUUGCUGAUCCUCUUUACCAGCCUGCCUCUUCCCUUUGCAGCCUACACAACCUUGGAGAAAGCAAAAGCGUCCUCAGCGACACGUCACGUGAACAGGAGGACGAAGACGGCCUCUUCACACUCUGACUCUCCCCUUUCUCUUGGGGUUGUGGGGGGACUUGGCAUUUGCAGUGUCCAAAUAAGUUUGGGAUGUUUUCAUGUUUUUCUUUAAAGUCUCACCUCUUCCGCUGAUGUCAUGGUCCCAGGUUUCUUUUUGUUUCACACCUCCAAGGUACUUUAGCGACCAUGUCUUCUUUACUCCCUGCUUAGCCAUCUCAAUAUCACCGCUAAGUGCUCUUUCAUAUUAUGCUUGAAUAUGCUCAGUGAUGGUGAGCUCAUAACCACACCAUCUUGUCACCAGUUCAGACUGGAGAGUUUCUCUUGAGACUCAGGCAGCCCAAAGGAGAAACACAGAACUGUAAACUGAGUUGAACCUUUUUCAUUCAGCUGCUUAGCCAGAGUCACCUGAUGAGCUCCUCUUGCGGCCCUCAGCCCCUGUACACUCGUGGCAGUCCUCAUGUUCCUUUCCCAACCAUGCUCCUAGCAGCCCUCCCCUGCAUUUAUACCAAAAUACAAUUUUGUUCUGAAAUCCUGUACCAUUUUUAUUGGUUUUGUUUUGUUUUGUUUAUGUUGUUGGUAUUUUGCUAUUGUUCUUUUUUUAUUAUUCUCUUUAAAAUAAAAAGCAAAGGUGGCCAUGUGCCAGCAACAAG